AUGGAGCUCACUGCAGCUGCCACGUUACAUUUCCAGGCUUGCCCCCCACCGGUGGACCCCGGCUCAGACUCGGUACCAUCAGUCCAGAACACGCUCCCUCACUUCCUGCAAGAGCCGGAAGACGCCUACAUUGUGAAAAGCAACCCCAUCAAGCUGCGCUGCCGGGCCGCCCCUGCUCUGCAGAUCUUCUUCAAGUGCAACGGGGAGUGGGUGCACCAGAACGAGCACUUUUCCCACGAGUACAAGGAUCUCAGCACCGGGCUUAAGGUGCGAGAGGUGAUGAUCAACGUGUCCCGGCAGCAGGUGGAGGACUUCCAUGGGCCUGAGGACUACUGGUGCCUGUGUGUCGCCUGGAGCCAUUUGGGUACCGCCAAGAGUCGCAAAGCCUCGGUCCGGAUCGCGUACCUUCGGAAAAACUUUGAGGAGGAUCCCCAGGGCAAAGAGGUGCCCAUCAACGGCAUGAUCGUGCUGCACUGCCGCCCACCAGAGGGAGUGCCUGUGGCAGAGAGGCAGAGGGGCGCACUGGGAGUGUCGCAGAUGUGCUGA